GAAUAAGUUACAUUAUUGCUACAAGCUCAAAACUCUGAGUGUAUGUUGAGUGUAUGUGAAAGUGCUCGGAGGCAGUAGGAGGUGCGUGAGGAUCUUCAGGUGGAGCUUCAGCGCCGGUGAGGAGGAGGAGGAUGCUGGAGGAGUUUAUUCAUGCGUCAGCGGCACCGCAAGCAGCUCUCACUCACUCCAGCAGCUGUAACUCCACACUUCCCUCCAGCAAUGGCCAACGCAGGGCUGCAGCUCCUCGGCUACACUUUGGCUUUUCUGGGUUUUCUGGGUCUCAUCGCAUCCACAGCUAUGGCCGAGUGGAAGAUGUCCUCAUACGCCGGAGACAACAUCAUCACUGCGCAGGCCAUGUAUGAGGGGCUCUGGCGCUCCUGUGUGUAUCAGAGCACUGGACAGAUGCAGUGCAAAGUCUACGACUCCUUACUGCAGCUGCCAGGAGAGGUUCAGGCAGCUCGGGGCUUCAUGAUCACCUCUAUCUUCCUGUGCGGCGUCGGUCUGCUGGUCGCUGCCGUCGGCAUGAAGUGUACCACCUGCCUGUCUGACGAAAAAGAACAGAAGAAUAAAGUGGCUGUGGCUGGAGGCGUUCUCUUCAUCAUCGCAGGGGUUUGCGCUCUUGUUGCCACCAGCUGGUAUGGAGAAAACAUAAGGAAGAAUUUCUUUGAUCCAUUUACUCCUACAAAUGCAAGAUAUGAGUUCGGGAAGGCUCUGUACGUGGGCUGGGGUGCGUCGGCUCUGACCCUCAUCGGCGGGAUCAUGCUCUGCUGUAACUGUGCGAGUAAACCCGCUGGGAAAUCCUACCCGCCUCCUCGCGCCGCAGGACGACCCGGAACCGACCGUGUGUGAAUCCAGUCACAAACAGCUCAUGAACACUGCAGCAUCUCUGUCUGCUAGUGAUGUGCCAAGCAGCUUUGGCUUCCUCGAUGUAUUAAUUGUUUCAUUGCCAAAACUUCUAAUGUGGUAUUAAAGGACUAGAUAAGCUCUA